AUGUCUCGCUGUCUGGAUUCUAGAUCUGAUUGAAACCGCUCUAUCCGGAUCCCUGUAUCUGUUUCAUCGAUAGGGAGUAGCAGGUCAGAAAAAAUGGCUCUCGUCAUGGUGGGAGCAUGCUAUAUCGACACCAUCCUUACAACACCUUAUUACCCAGGAGAGGAUGACAAGCUGCGUGCCUCAAGCCUUCAUAAACGCCGCGGUGGGAACUGUCCCAACAGCGCCGAAGUGCUGGCACAGAUUUUGGCAGAGGACAAAAGCUCAACAGGGUGCAAGACACCCGCUUGGGAUCCCAUAGAGCUUGUUUCUGUCCUGCCGGCUCGGUCAUCAACCGCAUCACGCGAGAUCAUCGCUUCGUUUGGUCAGGGGGUCUCGCUGGACCACUGUGUCUAUCGCGAGGGUCAUUCGGAGCCGGCCUCAAGUUAUAUCAUCAAGAGUCAGGCAAAUAGCAGCCGCACGAUAGUCAACUACAAUGAACUCGAGGAGAUGGAGUGCCAGGAUAUCAGGUUAGCGAUCGAUGCGUUAGCUGGACGGGCGGCGUGGUUUCACUUCGAGGGCCGCAAUCCUCCUGUAGCUUGCUUCGCCAUGCAAACCAUCAGAAAAGAGUACCCUCAUAUCAAACUCAGCGUGGAGAUCGAGAAACCCGGUCGCGAGGGACUCCCUCAGCUCGCUGGUGAGGCAGAUGUCGUCUUUUUCUCCAAGAGUUGGGCGCAGGAUCAAAAGUACGUUUCCGCGGAGGAAUGUGUUCGAGAACAAGCCAAAACAGCAAGCAAAGCGAGAUAUUUAUUCUGCACUUGGGGACAAGACGGGGCUGUGGGAAACGAUAUUGCCCGGUCACAGAUCAUCCAUGGGCAAGCUUUCCAACCGGAGAAAGUCGUCGAUACCAUCGGCGCAGGCGAUACUUUUAUAGCUGGCAUGCUUUUUGCACUCAUGCGACGGGAAGAACAAUGGAUUCUUGCGAGGAAACUAGACUUUGCGAAUCGUUUAGCCGGGCUAAAGGUGGCGCAAGAAGGCUUUGCAGGUCUCGGUUCCUUGAUGGUUAGCUAUAUGAGCUGACCACGAUGCGUGUCCGACGCGUAUAUACUCAGCUCGUCGUGUUCGUUAGUGGUUAGAUUAGAGCACUGGCUGUGCAACUUUCAUGGCUUUCGCCGGUACGUUGCUUAGAGAGCAUCCUUCUGGCUUGAAAAUAUGGCCACAAACUGCCAUAUCUAUUUUUUGAGGCAUUUGUGUCUUCUUUCAAGCUCUAAAUGGAAAAGUGUAUAUAGAUCCAUGGAG